AGGAGUCGUGUUUGUGCGCAUGCGCGGGGUCAGGGUUGACAGUUUCCAGUCGUGGAAAGAGUGCGGCGGCUAAGCUAAGUGCUACCACCGCAAAACUAGCUACAUGUGGAGGGUAAAACGGGAGCCAUCCCCGACCCUUACUCUGUCAAAACCCCUCCUUUUUUACCCAGAACAACUCUAAAGUUCAGCAUCAUCGAACAUAAGGGAUAAUAUCUGUUUACAAUGAAAGGUAGCCGGAUCGAGCUGGGGGAUGUUACGCCCCACAACAUAAAGCAACUGAAACGCCUGAACCAGGUCAUCUUCCCUGUCAGCUACAACGACAAGUUUUACAAAGAUGUCCUGGAGGUUGGAGAGCUUGCAAAGCUAGCAUACUUCAAUGACAUUGCAGUGGGAGCUGUGUGCUGCAGAGUGGACCACUCUCAGAACCAGAAGAGACUGUACAUCAUGACGCUCGGCUGUCUAGCACCCUAUCGUAGACUUGGAAUCGGUACAAAGAUGCUGAAUCAUGUGCUAAACAUCUGUGAGAAGGAUGGCACGUUUGACAACAUUUACCUUCAUGUGCAGAUCAGCAACGAGUCAGCCAUCCACUUUUAUCAGAAAUUUGGCUUUGAGAUCAUCGAAACGAAAAAGAAUUACUACAAGAGGAUAGAGCCCGCAGACGCCCAUGUGUUGCAGAAGAGUCUGCGCAGCCCAUGUGCCCCCCCCACCGGAGAGCUUCAGAAGGCAGAGUAGGGGCGCAGCGUUUGGAAAGAGCACAAAUGUGCCGCCUCCACAGAAACAGAACUGUGACAAAUGCCCCAGGGUCGACACAUUCAACACUUUCUUCAAAGGACGCUAAAAAGAGAAAACAAAUAUAAAGUACAAAAAAUGCUGCAUUUAUUUUGCAAAGAGGUCACUCUUUGAUUUUUGAAUAUUUUAUUGCUCCCCUUUCCUCAUACCAGAUAAUUGAACAUGACAAAACGCUCAGAAUCCAAAAGUGCUCCCAUUUAUCAAAGUUGCCAACAGUUUUAGACACAGUGAAGGGGGAGGGUGUGUUGUUUGCAAAUCAUACUGUUUGUGUUCGAUUUGUUUUUAUGCGGUUAUAAAGCUCAUGGGACUAUCUUUACUGUUGAGCAAAAAACAACAGGUGGUUUGAAGCUGUAAAAGUGUUGAGAGACCAUCGCUGACACACACGGGUCCCAGCUGCUCAGCGUGGAGUGAUGCUUUGAGAUGUUACGUGGAACAGUCACAACUCUAUUCACUCACCACCUAAACCCUGGUAUUUACAGGAAGUGAGUCUGACCGGCUCGUUGAUAUGUCACGUCCAGAGGGGACACGCAGAAAUGCAGCCCCCUCGGUUCGGGCGUAUAGAAGGCUGACCGGUUCAGAGGUGGUGGGAAGACGUGGUUACCUCUCAUAGUUUCUGAAAACCUUUUAUUUUCCAGCUUGUUAAUUUAAAUCCCCUUCAACUGUCAUUUUUACUUUUGACAUUAAAAUGGCAAAUUGUUCAGAGGUUCUCCUGGGUUUACUACUAAAACUGAAAACAUUAAAGAAUAAAAACAAACAAAAUAUUGUAUUGAAUGUGUUUCUUAGAAUGUCACUCCACGUCUUUUUGUGCGGAGUUUCCAAAUAACCGAUUGGAAAUUGCAUUUGGGCAUUAUUUCAGGAGUACAAUAAAGGUGUGUGAGGAUGUCUGUCUCUUAAAAUACAUGUUUUGAGACAUCUUACCUUAAAACACCUUUGGCACCUUAUGUAGCCAGAUUUGGUCUUCUCAAGCUACUUGUCUCAGUCAGCUUCUGUUUCACACAUCAUUAGGUUUUGAAGCCUGGCUGAAGUUGUAUGGUCUCUUGAACAGUAUUUUACCCAGAGGAAGCUCUGUUCCCUCUGCAUGCAUGGGGAGUUGUGUCUUCUCCACUGUAGUAUAAGCAUGUUUUUCCUUUCUUUGAAGAAUUUUAUCUUUUCUGGAGCUCUAUAUUGUAAGACUUUUUAACGUCUAAAUAAAGGAAUUACUAUUUGCAGUAAAUA